CUCCGUCACCCUGCGAACUCACAUCUACCCUCAGUUUUCUCUUCCCCAGCCACAGCAGCAGCAGCAGAACCCGCCGAGGGCCGAAGCCGAGACCCUGCUCCUACCGAGCCCCGUGGUAGCCGCACAGGGCAGGGACGGACCGAUCCCGAUUCCCGAUCCCGGCUCGUCCGCACAUCCGCCCUCCCUCCCGCCCGCCCGAGGCGCCGCGCCCCGCUCUCGCUGUCCGCGAUCCAUCGAAUCGAGGCCCCGGCGCGGGGAUUGGCGGCGUGCGGGCGGCCCCGCCCCGCCCCUCACAUGACCGCUGGCCCGGCCGCCACAGCGCCCGCUCGCCUCGCCGCGCCCGCUCGCCCCUCGCUGCCGCCCCGCACACCACCGGCAGCAUGAAGCCGCGCACCCUCCUCCUCCUCAUCAUGAUCGCCAGCUCCGGUUUUUUCCAGUCCUAUGCAGUGGAAAUAGAGCUAAAGGAUUCCUCUAAUGCCACGUGCCUGUAUGCAAAAUGGAUGAUGAAAUUCUUGAUAAAAUAUGAAACAAACAGUAGUGAUUAUAAAAACACAACCUUGAAUGUGCCAUCCGUCGUGACACACAAUGGAAGUGUCUGUGGCAGUGACAGACGUGCUGCCCUUCUGGCAGUGCAGUUUGGAAACGGUCACUCCUGGAGCAACAGUUUCACCAAGACCAAUGCAACUUGGCAGGGUGACGUUGUCACCUUUACCUACAACACCAACGACACUGCUGUGUUUCCUGAUGCUAAAAGAAAAGGACCAAUUACUGUUGUUGUAAAUGAUACUAUCAGGCCAGUUCAGCUGGGUAAUGUCUUCGUGUGCCACAGUACUGACAGUGUUCAAACAGGAAAUGUCACACAGAUUUUCUGGAAUGUUACUGUGCAGCCUUUUGUUCAGAAUGGCACAAUUGGUAAAAAAGAGACUAUAUGUCAAGCUGAUAUGCCUACUCCUGGACCUACUGUUCCACCUACUAGUGCCAAUGUAACUACUGCCACCACUGUAUCACCUGCUCCAACCACUCCUCCCAAGCCUGUGGAGAAUCCAGUUACAGGAAACUAUUCCCUUAAGAGUGGAAAUACAACGUGUCUUCUGGCUACUGUGGGGCUGCAGCUGAAUGUUUCCCAAGACAAGCCUCAUCUGAUCAACAUCAAUCCAAAGACAACCAGUGCAGAUGGUACCUGUGGCAACACAACAGCUACUCUGAAAUUAAAUGAUGGGAACAGCACGCUGAUUGCUUUCAUGUUUGCUGUUAAAAAUGAAAGUGCAAGUGUACAAAAAUUUUAUCUGAAAGAGGUGAACGUUACACUGCUCAACAGUCUGAAUGGUUCUGUCAUUUUCAGUGGAAAUAACAACAAUUUCAGCCAGUGGGAUGCUCUCCUGGGUAACUCUUACAUGUGCCGAAACGAGCAAACUCUUGAGGUUAAUGAAGAUCUGCAAAUACAUACUUUUAAUCUAUGGAUUCAGCCUUUCCUUGUGAAAGCAAAUAAAUUCUCUACAGCCCAUGAGUGUUCGCUGGAUGAUGACAGCAUUCUAAUCCCCAUUGUAGUUGGUGCUGCACUUGCUGGCUUGAUUGCCAUUAUAGUGGUUGCUUACAUAAUUGGCAGAAGAAAAAGCUAUGCUGGAUAUCAAACUUUGUGAAUCUAAAGGUGGUUCCUGUUCUGAUUUCACUCUAAACAAAGCAAGUGCAAGUUCUGAAGUCCAAAAAAGACCCAAAACUUAGGAGUAAUUAGUAGCCACAGCCAAUUGGAGUUGAGAAACAAAGAGAGAAGUUGCUCUCAGAUGAAGCAGAACUACAUUUUUAGUUUUCCUGCUCUAAGACGACGAUGUGGGGCUUCAUAGCUGUUUUGAAGAUGUGAAAUUUUGGAUCAAUUGCUAGGCUAAGGAUUUUAUCUUGCAAAAAUCCUAAAGCGUUCAGGUUUUACUUCUGCUUUUUACAAAUUGUAGCCUGAAACAAGAACGUAUUCUAAACUGAUGUGCAUUGGGCAACUCCCAGUAUAGCAUGGAAUUUGUACUUGCUUCUCUCCUCUGCAUACUUUAGUUGUCAUAAUUGUGGGUUAAGCUGGCAGCAUUAGUCACUGUGUUGACUUUGUACAGAACUUCACAAGGAUUGUAUAGUGCCUGGUAACAACUUUGCUUUUCAUGGAACUGAACUUCAGGCUGGUGACUAAGUGAUCUUUUGAAGUGGCAGCAGUAACUUACUUAGUUCCAGAGAAGCUGAGUAGUUUACUCCUGCCUUGGUGUAGUUUCAGGAGCCAUUCCUAUGCCCUCUCUGUACAAACAAAAUGGGUAACCUAUAUUUGUCAAAUGGUGGAUAUAUAGGAAGACUUCAGUGCUGCUUCCAAAUGCAUUAAUAAAAAUAAUAAUUUACUGUUAGGCACUGGAUUCUUCAUCAUUUAUUAUACCUUGGCAAUCAUCUAAAAUACUCAACUGGGGCAGAGUUCUGCUAAAUUAAUUCAAGCUUUUUCGUUGGCAUCGGUUUAAAGGGAAAAACCUUUCUAAGUAUUCCAGAACUUUAAAGUGCACUUAACUUUAUAUAUCAUACUCUGCACAGAACUGGUCUGUCUUGUUGCUUUGAAUGACCAUUGUUUAAAGAUGCUUUCAUUUAAUGAGCCAGUAUCUGCUGCUGCAGCUUGAGCUGUCUUUAAAUCUUCCAUCUUGAAUGGUUCUCUGCCAAUCAAAACUCACAUUAUAACUGCCUGCCAUUGGCAUUCUGAAUGUUUAAUGUACUUUGUGUUGGAUUGUUUUGCUGUGUACCAUUUACUAAUGUUAAGAAUGCAAAAGCCAAGUCCGAGAUAGACCCACAAACACCUCUUUUUUCCCUUGCUUUAUGGAAAGGAUAACUAGCUUAAAAAAUGCAGUGCAACUGGACUGUUCUCAAACUGCAGCUCUGUAGAGACUAACCCUUGCUGCACGACUUAUCUCUGGCCUCCAUGUGCUGUAAUACAUAGAUUUUACUGCAUGGGAAAAAAAACAGAAAACAACCCAAGUCUUUUAGACUUUUAGGUAAGUGUGGCUUUUUUGCAUAUGUCAUACUAUGAGCUGCCUAAAACUCAUUAUUUAAUGAACAUAACGUUUUCUCCCCCUUUAAAAUGAGUUUAGCCUGCAUCAAAGCUGAUUUAGUGUUUUACUAGUGUUUUCUAGGGUUGUAGAGAUGUCUGUGGCAUGUUUGUAUACAGAUCACACAACACACUUCUUUCAGUCAUUUUUUUGGGGUAAAACCAGUUUAUUCUUGACACUAGCCAAGGAAGCAAGUAUGAGUGGAAUAUGCUUAACCAUAGCUUGUACUCUGCAGCUUGAAUUUUGCAUCAGUUACUGAAAUCCAUUUUAAUGAAAGUGGGAAACUGCUCUAAGUUUAAUUCUGAAACAGUCUUCAAGAUUUUCCAUUUUAAUUAAGAGAAAAAAAAAAGUAGUUCUAAUGACUUUCAUAUUAAUAUAUUCUCAAAUGCAGAAGUUGAUAAAGAUUUUUAGCAUUUUUGUGACUGAUGUUCAGUGGCACCAGUUAUAUGUGCAUUUCUCUUCAGGAGUAGUUACCACACUGCAUUCAUCUGGCCUUGUACAUUUUUGAAGUGUGCACAGUUUCCAAGAAGAUCAGUGCAAACUGCCCCCAAAAUUCCAGAAUAACAGAAGUAUCUUUGCAAAAACCUGCAAUUUAAUCUUCAUUUGCAAAUGCAUUGGCUCAGUAAUUAACGUACUCCUAGACUGAUGUGCAGAUAACUGGUUCAAAAAACAUCCAGUUUCACCUGGACUGCCUGUUCUUAUAAAACCACUAGUUUUCCUGUAUGUAUUGCUCUGUAGGGAACUGUCACCCUGUUCAACAUGUGCUCUAAAUAAUAAAGAUUGUUCUAUUUCUUAAGGAAA